GCGCGGCGCGGCGCGGCGCGGCGCGGCCCUGCGCUGACUGGGUUGGGUCGGGCGGCGGCGGCGGCGGCGACGGCGACGGCUGAGGCGGCUGCAGAGGCCACCGAGGCGCUGACUGGGUGGCCGGCGGGCCCCUGUGGCGUCGAGCAGCCCCUACGUGCCGCCUGGCACUCCCGGGGCAGCGGUGGGCCGCGGCGCGCAGCCUGCCAGUGAGCUGCAGCGGGCACACCCCGGCGCAGCGGCGACUGCCGACAGGUUAGAGUGGGGGCAGGGACAGGCGCGGGAGCAGCCCGUGGCCAGAGUAGGAGCCCGAGCCAGGCCAUCUCCAACCAUGUCCGACGAGGCGUCAGCCACCACGUCGUAUGAGAAGUUUCUAACCCCCGAGGAGCCCUUCCCGCUUCUGGGACCCCCUCGCGGGGUGGGCACCUGCCCGAGCGAGGAGCCGGGCUGCCUGGACAUCAGCGACUUCGGCUGCCAGCUCUCCUCUUGCCAUCGCACGGACCCUCUCCACCGCUUCCACACCAACAGGUGGAACUUAACUUCCUGUGGAACAAGUGUGGCCAGCUCAGAAUGCAGUGAGGAGCUGUUUUCAUCGGUUUCUGUUGGAGAUCAAGAUGAUUGCUAUUCCCUAUUAGAUGACCAAGACUUCACAUCUUUUGAUUUAUUCCCUGAGGGGAGUGUCUGCAGUGAUGUCUCUUCUUCUAUUAGCACAUACUGGGAUUGGUCAGAUAGCGAAUUUGAAUGGCAGUUACCAGGCAGUGACAUUGCCAGUGGAAGUGAUGUACUUUCUGAUGUCAUACCCAGUAUUCCAAGUUCACCGUGCCUGCUUCCUAAAAAGAAAAACAAGCACCGGAAUUUAGAUGAACUUCCUUGGAGUGCAAUGACAAACGAUGAGCAGGUGGAAUAUAUUGAGUAUCUGAGUCGUAAAGUCAGUACUGAGAUGGGUCUUCGGGAGCAACUUGAUAUUAUUAAAAUAAUUGAUCCUUCUGCUCAAAUCUCCCCUACAGACAGUGAGUUUAUUAUUGAACUUAACUGUCUCACAGAUGAAAAACUGAAGCAGGUCAGAAACUAUAUCAAGGAGCAUAGCCCUCGCCUACGGCCUGCAAGAGAGGCCUGGAAGAGAAGCAACUUCAGCUGCGCAAGCACCAGUGGAGUGAGCGGUGCCAGUGCCAGUGCCAGCAGCAGCAGUGCCAGCAUGGUCAGUUCUGCAAGCAGCAGUGGGUCCAGUGUUGGAAACUCUGCUUCAAACUCCAGUGCCAACAUGAGUCGAGCACACAGUGACAGCAACUUGUCUGCAAGUGCAGCAGAGCGGAUUCGGGAUUCAAAAAAGCGAUCCAAGCAGCGGAAGUUACAGCAGAAGGCCUUACGCAAGAGGCAGCUGAAAGAGCAAAGGCAGGCUCGGAAGGAGAGGCUCAGUGGGCUCUUCCUUAAUGAAGAAGUGCUGUCCUUGAAAGUGACUGAGGAAGACCAUGAAGCAGAUGUAGAUGUUCUGAUGUAAUAAGGGUGACUUUAUCAGUGUUCUUUCUAAGCAUUAAAGUAUUCUAUCCUUAUUUGUUUACAUGCAUCUUGACCAAACUUUUGGUUAGAGCUGUGCUUAUGUACCUUUAAUAAUUUAGGUCAGUGGUUCUCAGCAGCUGGUCCUUGAGUCAGCCGCUUCAGCAUCACCUGAGAAGUUGUUAGGAAUGCAUAUUCUUGGGCCCCACCCCAAGACCUAGUGAAUCAGAAAUUCUGGCGGAGAGGCCUAGCAUUGUGUUUUAACAGGCACCAGAUUAUUCUGCCACACACUCUAGUUUUAAGAACCACUGAUUUAGUAAAUGUUUUAACUAUUUAAACUUUAGGGUGGUUAAAUGGGCUUUUUCAGACUAGUACUUUUACAGUUUAGAAGAUUUCAAGGUAUUGCUGACAAAUAGUGUAUUAUGUCAGUAUACAUGUGUGGAGAUCAUUAUUCAGUUUCCUUCUUAAUGUUACAAUUACUUAGUUUUUUUAAAGGGCCAUAGUGUAAUUCUAAAUUUCUAGUGGACAUCUUUUUUUGCAGUUGUGGAGGUGAAGUGUGGAUUGCUGUUUACAAUAGUGCCUUCAUUAAGUUUAGUUCUAUCUGUUUUCAUUCAUUAUUAACUCAAAAGUGUAAAAAAAAGGCCCUAAUAUCUUUGUUUUGUUUUUCACUUUAUGUGAAUUCAGAAUCUUUUCUGUAAGUGAUGACUACUGAGAAAAUGUUACUAGUAGCUGAAUUUUAGACUUGAUACUAUGUUGAUUAACAUUCAAAUGGAGAAAUCAAUUAAGCAGAACAACCAAUUCUGCUUUUCCACUGCUUUUUGAAAUUCUAGGCUGUGAAAUUGUCUUAAAGGCAGAAGAUAUCUCUAUUAAGUUCUUUCUGUAGGUCUUUUUAUUUUCAGCACAGCUCUAAUUUUAAAAUAAUUGCUAUAACAGCUUUUGGCAUGUGAAUAGGUUAUUGUUCAAAAUUAACUAAAGAAAACCCUUACAGUUCUGCUAAACUCAAUAAAUCGCUAGAUGUACACUGAGCAGUGAGAUGCAGAAAAAAAAAAUUUAGCUUCUUGGCUACUAAUAGAACUCUAAUUUUAAAUGUGAAAUCAUGGAGUCUUUUAAAGUAUUUUCAUGGAGUUUGUCAUCAUGAACAUUAGAAGUAGUGUGAUUCCUUUUAUUUUCCCACACAUCUUUAAACAUUCACAUGGGUUAAAGAAAAUGGAAACUGAUACUACUGACAAUCAAGCUGCUUUGUGACUUUCAUAAUUUUCUUUUUAUUAUGGAAACUUGGGAGGUAAUCAUGCUUUUGUAGGAGGAGUUGCAAUCAAUAUUUUUUUAAACUCUGGAGUCAGAUGUUGAUAGAUUGCUACUUUUUUUCACAUUGUAUCAUAUCAAUUGUUAAAAAGAUGAAUAACUUAAACUCUUAAUUCUCAUUUGAUAUAAAGGCUUAACCUUUGCUUACAAUCAUGUGUUUUGAAAUUUUGAUUCCAUUUUGGUUUCUAAGGUUAAAGAAUUGAAACUGAGGGAAAGAAAUUGAUACAUUGCAGCUUUGCUGAGGUCUGUGGUAUGAUUGUAACAUUUCGAAGACUACUAAAUUCAUACUUUAAAAAUUUUUAAAGUAUAUAUGUGUAUAUGGUUAUCAGUUGGAGUAGUCCUUCUUACUUUCCUCUUACCCCCUCUUUGGUGCUCCUAACUAGCUUAGAAGGCCCAAAGAGAGCUUUGGGAAAGAUCCCAAAAUACUCUGAGGAAGAUGGAAGGGGUCCACCUCGUUGUGUUUUCCCUUCAAAAUCUAGGAAGAGUAAAUGGAGAGAAAAGCAAAUACAGCUGAAUUCUCUACCUGCUCUUAGCAACAGCAAAAUUCCAGAGAAUGAUUGCCUGUUCUCUUUACCUACUCUUCAAGGGAAACAGGCCACUUUUGGAGACCAUAGAGCAGCAUUUAUCUAUUAAAUACUUGGUGAUAACUUACUUGACAGUGGUUAGUAAAAAAAUCCUAAACAGGGUCAUGAUGUAAUAAGACCAAUUCCUCUACUCUCCCAAUAGUCACGCAGUCUUAUCACCCUAGAUUUAACUUAAAUCACUAUUGAUCAAGCUUACCAAAGUGCCACAAAGCCAAUCUUUAAAGUUUAUAACGGUUUGAGUGUUUAUAGUAAAGUGUGCCAUGAAAUUUUGGUAAAUCUGGAUGCACUGUCUUUAUGGUACAGUAAAUUAGAGAUAGCUCAUUAAGUUGGCUCAGAAGAGAUUGAAAGAAAAUUAAAAAAUUUAAAUAACUUGGGUUUCUUAUGAUCAAAGAGGGAGAUUACAAAGUCUUCUAUCCCCCCGCCGCAAAAAAAAAAAAAAAAAACCUAAUAGCAAAAGACAAAAAAUUCUCUUAUCUUUGUUAAUGCGCUAUUUUUUUUAUUUUUGGUUUUAAUGUCUCAUGUAGAUCAAGUUUGAAUUACUUCUUUCUUAGAAUAGGUAAUACAGUCUGGUCUCUUUUCUGAGUUCAUUUAAAACAAAUCCAACUCAAUAUUUUUUACUUUUUAAAUACAAACCCUAACAAAUUAUAAAAAUGUGAGACUUGGAGUUCCCUUUGUGGCUCAGUGGGUUAAGGACCCUACCUUUUCUCUGUGAGGAUGCAGGUUCAAUCCCUGGCCUUCUGCUCAGUGGGUUAAGGAUCUGGCAUUGCCACAGCUGCAGCCUAGGUCACAGGUGCAGCUCAGAUCCGGUGUUGCUGUGGCUGUGGUGUAGGCCUCAGCUGCAGCUCUGAUUCAACCCCUAGCCUGGGAACUUCCAUAUGCUGCAAGUUUGGCCAUUAAAAAAAAAAGAAAUGAGACUUAUUUGUUCCAGUGUCAGUUCUUAUCUGUAGAGAAUUGACAUUGGAGCAAAUGAGUCUUUCCUGUUAAAAAUAAGCCUUGUUAACUGAGGGCAUGAUAAAAUUCCCUCAGAUUCAUCCAGAAACAUUUUAUUAGAAAUCUUAUAUGUAUGUCAAUUAUCUCAACAAAACUGGGAAAAAGGGAUCUUAUAGAGGUCUGUCAGUCCCUAUCCCAGUUUUUAAAAGUGUGAACCUUGAGUUUAAACAAAAUGGUACGUGUUUAUCUACAGUUUUGCAACUGAAUUAAAGUCAGGCCAUGUAGUCUAAUGUAUAAUAGAGUGUAAGGGGCUAAUUCAUGCUGUCCCAAGAAGGACUGAGAGUAAAAUAACACUUUUUUUUUCCCUUGAGAUUUGUUUCAUUUUUAGUUAGGCUGUGGCAGUUUUGCCCAUCUUGUCAGUCCUUUUGGUUACUAACUAAAUAUUGCUAAAUUAAUCCCAGAAACAUGCUUGCAAUUUGAUGACUAUGGAUACAGUGAACAUCUCAUUUUAUUCAGCUCUUAAAAGUACGAAAAACCCUCACGAAGGAAAAAAUUCAAAAAACUACUUACAAAAGUAUCCAGGUUCUGAUUAGCUUUAAAAAUUGUGAAACUUAAAUCAAAUGUCUUCAUAUUCAAGCCAAAAAUGUUAGUACAUGACAAAUAUAGACGUCUUGUUUCCAGGAUUCUCUAGCAGUUCUCUGUUUGUGGCUUACUCUUUAUAGCCUCAUGUGCCUUAAAGGUGAACUCUAUACUUUUCAUCAGUGUCAGGCUUUUCCAAACUCAAAUGUAAAUGUUGUAAUUCGUUUCUAUAAAAUGCCCCUGCUGUUGGAUAUCAGUAAGUAAAGGCAUUAAAUCGAACCAAUCAAUGAAUAAUAGAGUGUAUAGCAAAACAAAAAACUUCACAUCUUAAAUUUCAUUUGUGUAACUUUAUUCUUGGCCCAGUUAGGUCACUGAAGAAUACUGAAGUUUUAUCUAAAUUAUAGCUUAAUGUUUUCCUUUUAUUUUUUCCCUGAAAAAUGUCAUAAACCAGAAUACUUUUUAAACCCAGAUAACUCUGGAGAGAGAAUUUUCAAGGCAGAAAUACUUCAAGAACAGAGAUUAUAUGGCAAGUUGAUUCUCUAGUUAACUUUAUAGAGAUUCUUUUGUAUUCAUUCGUGUGAUAGCCAAACAUGUCCCUUCCCUUUAACAGAUUACCUUUUAGCACUUCUAUCUAUAAGAAAAAUGUUUGCUCAGAAUUGGGAAGGGGAUUACUUGAAGUUAGUUUAUAGUUUGAGAUGGUUGACAGGAAUUUUCCAGCUAUUUUCAAAUCGUAGUAUUGAUGUUGAACACACUGACAUUCAACAUGUCUAAACUUACAGGUAAACUUAAUCUUUAAAACGACUAUUAGGUAGAAAAUAAGUAUUUGUAUACACAUGUACUGUGGUAACUUUGGAUUCAUUUUAAGUCUGACAAAGUAAGAUAAAUUUUAUCUUUACAAUGAAAUUAUGCUAAGUGGGCGAGAAGCAUCCGAAAGGUAUUUAGAUCUAGGCAUCCCUGUCAGCAAAGUAUCUGAAAUAUAGCUCCUUAGAUAUGCUUAAUUCUUAUUUUUUUGGAAAUAACUUACUUAUUCCAAAAGGCUUAGAAGGAACUCUGAAAAUUCCUCUAAGUAACUGGCUGUUAAGAGUAAGGAAAUUGCAUGGUAUAGCCGAAGAUUUGGGUUGACUCACUAAAAUUUUAUUUUUAUAUUUUUUAUAAUAUUAAAAUUGUUUUUCAGCCCCCCUCAUAAUUAUAAUUUAAAUCAAGGUUAUUAAUGUUUUAAUCUAGAUCACAUAAUGGUAAAUUAAUUUUUAAUUCGAUAUUCAUACUGAACUUGGAAAAACUGAUUUGGUCUUCUCUGAUUUCAAUAUGUAACGCUUUUAUUGUCAGAUUUCUUUGUUACAUCUUUGUGGUCAGUGGAACCUGUGAAAAUCUGUGUUCUUUUUUUGUGGUGAGGGAUGGGGGUACAAAAGGGGAGAAUUGCUCUAAUUAUACAUAUGCAUUUUGACUAUAUAAAGGUAGUUGUAGAAUUAAUAUGUAUAAAUGACAAGUUAACACUUACCUAUUCUGAAUUGUUCUAAGGAACAGUGGCCUGAAGCCAUGGCUUGUUUUGUGGAGCUGCUUGCUCUUUAAAUAGUAGCUGACCAACUUGGAUUUAAGUUGAGACUUUGGGGUUAGGUUAUCUAGCAGAGGCUUUUAGGAAUGGAGCAGACCAUGUCUGUUCCUGUAGUGGAUCAAUUUAAUUUCCUCUUUGAUCAUUCUAAUUUAGAUACAGCUAUUAUCCAUUCUAAAUCUUUACAUUGGGAGUUUUAUAGAACUGUUGUCAAAAGCUAUUAAUUAUAUGUAAAACAUUUCACAGAUGGUUAAAAAUUUGUGUUUUUUUGUUUUUGUUUUUGUUUUUUUUAGUUUCAAAGGUUAGUUAUGUAGCAUCAAUAUCAUAACCAAAGCAAGUAGGAAGUUGACUGGUUUGGAGAAUCUUCAAGUAGUCUUAAAUACUGUAAUGUAUCAGAUUGUUAACCAGGAUUUUUUUCCUGUAUUUCUGCUAAAUGUAUUACUAUAUUAAUGCACUUUUGUAUAUAUAACUGUCUUCUGUACAUUCUGUACUUACUACAGUGUAUAUAAAAGCUGUUUUUCCUGAAGCCGUGAGGGAAAAACAAUAGCUGUAACACAAGUCAUUUCUAUUUUGAGUUCCUUCUUGUACUUGAGAGUAAGUAGUUCAAUAGUUAAAUCUAAAUGAGUAUGUAUGCUUGUAAUUAAAAUGGCAAUGUGGCAGAGCUGUCUUUUGAAACUCAUUUUAAGAAUGAAAAGUGUUUUCAUUAUUAAGAGCUUGUAAUAUUUUAAAUUGUCUCUUUUGAUGUACCAUGAAUUUUUACAAACCCACUGCUGCUUACUACUUUAUACUUCUGAAUCCACUCCUUUUCAUGUCCCAUCCCAGAACAUUUAUCAACAGAGAAGAACUGCUCUCUUUUCUUUUGCUCACAGUUUGGUUAAGCCUCUAUAAACUUUUGCUUUGUGAAAGCCCCAAUUUCCCAAAUGUCAUUGUCAAAUCAUUAUUUUUUUUUCCUGGAAAGAUCAGAUUUCUGGAGAGUUCAGCUUUCAUAGUUAAAUGAAAAUUAGGUCAAAUCCUUGUUUAAAAAAUAUAAUUUUCCUUACAUAUUGUUCUAGAGUUUUUCAGUUGUAAUUAUAUAAAAGAAAUGUCUGUGAGCAGUUUUAUGUAUAGGUACAGCAGCAAUUUAACUUUUCAGCAGCAACUUUAUCUCUUGCCACUAGAGGGAGGUCUGUGGUUGCUCUCUCCUUCAGAAACUGUCCUAGCUGCUUUUCUUUUGUUUUUAAUUUCAGAGGUUGGAACUGACCUCAUGCUCAAAAUUCCUUUUGUGAUAUUAAAUACUUUGAUUUAUUAGUCAAAGGUAGGUUAAUUGAGCUUGUUUAAUAAAGCCAAUAUUAUUCCUGCUUUUCUGUAAUCUUCAAUUUUUAAUAAAUGUGAGUUAGAUAUUGAGUGAAACAUA